CCGCCGAUCCUCCACCGAUCGUCGAUCGUCAAGGCCUCGGCUCGUCUUGAUCUUCUUGACAUUGCUUCUUUAUUCGCCCGCCAUUGCCCUUGGUAUACUCUCAAAAGACAGCAGGUCUGUCCUUGUUCCAUGCCGGCCACACCGACGCCCUCUUGCUCCACACCAUCCGCGGUGGCCCGCCCGCUUUCCCAACCCUCGGCCUCGGCCUCGCAAAUAAUGACCAAGGCGGCAUCCGCGCGAGAUGCCGCCUCCAAGGCCGCGUCACAUGCGUCGCGCGUUGCCGCCUCACACGCCGUCACGAAGCUCGCCGCGCCCGCCAUCGCCGCCCCCCGGGCCUCGUUAGCGAGCGCGCUCACGAUCUCCCUCGUGUCGUUGGCGAGCAAGGCGUUCCUGCGCGCCACGACGGCUGUGCGAGUCUCUGGCGAGGACACGCUGUACUCGGCUCUCGGGAUUCACGGGCGCGGUACAGAGUGGCAGCGGAGGCGGGGUGUGAUUACGAUCGCGAACCACAACUCGGUCGUCGACGACCCCAUGAUGUGGUCCGUCCUCCCCACAACGACAUACUUCCCCUUCGCGCGGCCGCGGUAUACCUGUGCCAACAACCGGUGGACGCUCGGCGCGAGCGAUGUCAUGUUCACGAAUCCCGUGCUGAGCAAGUUCUUCGGGCUCGGGCAGGUCAUCGAGACGGUGCGCGGGGGCGGGAUAUACCAGCGCGGCGUAGACGACGCGAUCCGCAAGCUCGAGGAGGGGGGAUGGAUCCACCUGUUUCCAGAAGGCCGCGUGAACCAGGCCAAGUCGAACCCCGAAGGCGGGAUGCACCGGUUCAAGUGGGGCGUUGGGCGCAUUAUCAUGGACUCGGAGGUCAUGCCGGAGAUCAUCCCAAUAUGGAUUUCAGGCUUCGACCAGAUCAUGAACGAGUACCGCAAGUGGCCGCGCUUCAUCCCGCGCGGCGGCGCGACCGUGUCCAUCACCGUCGGCGAGAGCCUGACGCCGCUCGUCGCGCCGAUCGUAGACGCGUGGCGGGCGGGAUUACCACGCGCAGCCGCACCAAGCCAUCUCAGCUCUGAAGCGACGGCGCCCACACGGGCGGAAAGCGACGAGGCCGCCCUCCGCGAGCAUCAGGACCACCACGCCGACUACCUCUCUGGCGCGUUCGAUCCGGACGAGAGCACGCGGCGCGAGAUCACCGCGCUCCUCCAGAACGGGUUGCGGAGUCUCGGCGAGCAGGUGGAGGGCGAAGAGGGGCGAUUUGCGAACGGCGCAUGGAGCCAGAGCCGGAGGCGCGAGUGCGCGAGCGGCUUGCCUGCGCCCGAGGUCGAGGUUGCGCGGAGUGCGAGGUAGGAGGUGGGACGUAGACAUCAUUGCAUUAUCAUGGACAUAGCUACGAG